AUGGGAAGAAAUAUUGAUGCAGCCAAUGAAGCAAGAAAAGAAGAAGCAAAGAGAUACUGGAAUUCAGUUGAUGCCAGGGAGCAUUUACAGUUUUACAAGGAAGUGUUGGAGUCAAAAUCAUAUGCUUUUGCCAUCCUCAUCAUAACCUCAAUUCGUCUCUCAUCUGAGACUGAUGAAAUCCUGAAUCUCGGUUACCUGUCUCAAGUUGCAGCUGGACUGGAUAAACAGAUCUUUGAGAAUGGCAUUAGAGCCCCCCUUAUCAUAUGCAAAGUACAUGAAUACAAGAGGCCUCAUAGAGAAGCUGAAGAGCUGGGGGCAUUUAUACCUGUGAUAACAAGGCAGAAAGAUGCAUUACUUAGCUCUCAGAUAAAGAGAAAGCAAGAAAGGCUAGAUUAUGUGGCAUGCUUGAAGGAAGCGAUUUCUGUUCUGCAAGUUGAUGUACCCCUCUUGGUUCUCCAGGAUGAUGCUCUUCCUCAUCCUCAUGCUUUAAAGAUUGUACAGGAAAUCAUCAGUCAACAUUUCAAAGCUGAUUUGCUCGGUCGUGAUGUUGCCCUUGUGAAAUUAUUCUAUCCAGAGAAGUGGCAGGGAUAUGGACUGAACCUUAAAGGAACUUCAGAGCUACUGGCUUUUGGUCUCUUAGUAGCAAGAAGCUCAGUCUCACUCAUCAUGUCUGGCCGUGGCAAGGGCGGGAAAGUCAAAGGGAAAAGUAAGUCCCGUUCCAACCGAGCAGGCCUGCAAUUUCCAGUAGGACGUAUUCACCGUCUGCUGCGUAAGGGAAAUUAUGCUGAGCGUGUCGGAGCAGGCGCCCCAGUUUACUUGGCAGCUGUGAUGGAAUAUCUUGCUGCAGAAGUCCUGGAGUUGGCUGGGAACGCUGCCCGAGACAACAAGAAGACUCGAAUCAUUCCCAGGCAUCUCCAACUUGCCAUUCGAAAUGAUGAAGAACUCAACAAGCUGCUGUCUGGGGUCACCAUUGCCCAGGGUGGGGUCCUCCCCAACAUCCAGGCCGUUCUGCUUCCCCGCAAGUCUGAGAAAAAGCCAUGA